GAAAGCGACGUGUUGUUCCAUUUUCGCUUCUGUUUGAUAUAUGAGCUCAAUGACAGACUGGGCUACUGAGUACAAGAAUCGGGAAGGUGGUCGAAAACCUCGACGAUGGAAAGCUCUAUUUCAUCCCUCGGUACUUACAGCCUGUCUAGCUAUCGCAGGCCGCAUCAUCAUAGGUCCUAUCGCGCUUUUACUGCUAUUCACGGCUACAAACUACUUUUCUGGCAGCUCCGUUCUCAUCAAGGCCGACAAAAGCUUCUUCGCGUUCACGGAAAAUGACAUGACUAUGGCUGGCGGGUGCACAGGUUGUAUGGGUCCGUGCAAAAUAGUGUUACUCAAGUACUCUCUGUUCAACGGAAGUGCGUUCGUGAGCUCUCCAGUGUUCAACGCCUUUGUCGCCCUCGGACCAACAGAAGAUCUGUACGACUUCAGUUCAUUAAAUCCCGAGGCUCUCACACUUGGACAAUCUCUCGAUGACAACGGCGGCAUCUGUCAAAGCGGUACAAACGACUGGGGCGCUACGCACAACGUCGUCACGGGGACAGCUCAGCAAAUACUGGACGUUAUCAAUACACUCGGUCUCAGUGUCGCACCACAGAUGGUACGUGAGCUCGAACUCUCCGUCGGUCGUACAGAUGGGUGUGAUACAAGAUGGAGCAUGCUCUCGCUUACACGUCUUUUCCAGUUCCCAACGAGAGCUGGAGACCGGAAUUUUGGCAAGCUUUCGGCUGUUGAUAUCAGUAUCUUCCCUGAUUAUACGGAAUGCCGUCCUGUGGUCAUGGUAGAUGACAGUCUUGUAGGUUCCAAGCUUGCGUUGGUGACAAAUGGAGAAGAUCUCGUAAGUGUAGUCCCCGAUAGCUUGACGUUGUUCCCGUACAGCUUCACAAGCAGCCUGCCUCACGUCUCACGCGCUGUCCCUGCCAGCAAUACCAAGUACCCAGCAACUAGCGUUGUCCAGCCUCUACUUCGAGCCUACUUUGGUGGUUGUAGAGUUCGUGCAGUUAACACAACUGGUAUUUACAUCGAAGAUACAUGCGAGGUGUCGAAUCAUUGGGAAUCAUAUGGGUUAAUGGUCCACUCUCCAGACGAUAUCCCUCUGUGCAGCACCGGUGAUGUUUGCAUUCAUAACUACUUUAACUCACUCUGGGAAUGGGUGAACUACAUCCCGGAAGAUCGACCGGAUCGCAACGGUAUGAACGUGAAUUCGUUCCGCAGCCGCUACGCUGAUACCGUCGCUAUCAACUUGUUACCAGGUCUGGUCGUGGGUCAGAUACUGCUCAUGGGGGUCGUCAGUCUGUACCAAGUGAUGUCACACAAACGUUCAGUCCUACUCACUCAAAUUUGGGCUUAUCGUUGUCAGAACGGAAGGAUGCAAGUCGUUUAUCUGGGUCAGAUCAUUUACCACCUUGUAUUUUACUCGGAUUUGUAUAUGCUCGGACUGGCAACGGGAACUCUGACUGGAGAGUCGUUAGCAAACCUGACAUGUUGCUUUUUCGCGUUUUCCUACUCGUUUAUCAACUUACUGAAGGCGCGCUCGGGCGAUCAACAACUUGAUCGGCACUUUCGACUGACGUGGGAAGCCAUGCAGCUGGUGACUACGAUGAUUAUUGGCUUUAUUCUGCUGUCAAUACAGAGGACGCCACUGGCAUCAAUUAUCACCAAGAACUCUGAGAUCUUACGCAAAACUUCAGCGCGAGGAGCGAAAUACUGCGGUCUGAACGAUUCUUGUAUCUUAUUUACAGUUGAUAUGCUUUCCGUCAUUGCCGUACUAUCGUUGGCGCUGGGUGUCAUAGCUGUGAUUAUAUCUUUCAUCAUCACGAACAUGACACCAAAGGCAAAAAUUAUUGUGUACUCGGCAACGGAGGUUCAUAGUUUACAGGCUAACGAGUUCAAGGAAAUCGAGAUUAAAAAGCAUGGGGACUUAGCUCCACUCGACAAUCUUACGUCUUUCGAACGGAAUUGUAUUGGUGGACCAUUCAAGAAGAUCUUUCGAGACUGCGACGAUAUCGCCUAUAUCUCAUACAAUGGCAAACGUUGUAUGACAGUCGAAGCAUUACUUCUCACGGGGUACCUCUACUACGGUGAGCACGUCUACCAGGCAUCUUCAGUUAUGCUGUUACUUGUGGCUCGUCUUGUGCCACGUAAAGUGCUACGCACCUUCAACAUGCUGUUACUGCGAUGGUACGUGGAUCCAAAACACGGAACACUGUCGGAGCUGCGCUCAUGUACAUGGUAUCAUGCAUGCGCAGAAAAUCACCAAACAGGCGGGGCUGUGCCCCUGGCAUAG